AUGGCCGCGCCGCCUUCUCCUUCGUCCCCCUCCCCAUCCAGCGAGGUCGCCGUCCACAGAUUCAGUGGCACCAUGGAUGCAUCAUCAUCGCCCUCAAGGACCGAGUUGUUGACCAUGGUGAAGAAGCACUCGCAUUUGAUUGGGUGGACAAUUGUUGAUGCUGAGGAUGAUGCAUCAGAUGUGGGAAUGGAUGAUAAAUUCUGGCAUGAAAUGCUUGAUCUAUUCUUUGUGCGUGGCAGGCAAUCAAAAAGAAGUGAAGAGGAUGAUCUCGUCUUCUUUGUUAAUAACAUGAAAUUGCAUGGUUAUGGUUUUAAUGAUAACAUGGAAGAUCCGCCUCCUUUUUUUGUACGGAGAUGGGCUCCCACGCUUGAAAAGAUCAGUAUUAAUACAGUGGAGAUUGAUUGGGAGCGUUCCUUCUAUUUGAAUUUAAUCGCUCACACGUCAUACACUGUCACUGUUGCAAUAUUUGGCAUUGGAGAUCUUCACAACCGUGCAGCGAAAAGCAAACAGUCGUGUCCAGUUUAUAAGGUUACAAAAACUGUGUACGCGUCCCCUAGCCGUGUAAAUUUUCAUCUUGACCGAAGGAAGGCUGUAGAAACAGUACCUGCAUAUCCCAACAUCUUUUUCUCAGUAGACGACUUUGAUGAUACUUUUGAUGCUGUGGUUUUGUCAGAUCCUGAACACUGCUAUUGUGUGAUUCUCAACGCACAUGAUGGGGCAGCAUUUCCUGAAGAAACCGAGUCCAAGAGUCCUGUUUCAAAUAUACAGCCUGGAGUUAGCUGUGGGACUGCCCAAGAAAAACCACCAAAGAGAACUCUCUUCUCAGGUUAUGUGAGCUACCAAAACGUCCGUGAGGCUUAUGAUGCUGGCAGAUCAAAAUUUGGGAGCUUCUUCUCACUUGGGCAUGACCACAAUAAGCUUGACAGACUUUUUAUGAGGGGCCCAGAGGGACGUGGAGAGGUGGAAGUAGCUGUCUCUAGCAUUGCAGACCAGAGCCGUGAGAAGUCAAAGAAAGAUCCAGGAGAUAGCUUUCGGGUCCUUGUUCACAAAGCAGCUUCUGCUGCAUCAAAGCUAGCAAAGCAUGCUUAUGAGUCUGCAUCUGCUAAUAAACAAAUGUACAAUGAGCUUGUGCCUCUGAAGUGCUGCUUGAUGUCUGUGUCUCUUCCUUGGGACUACAUUGCCCAUGAUCUUUUGCACAAGCUUUACGCUAUGAUGAAGUUCGUCACAAGAAAUGUCGACUUAUAUGCUUAA